UUCAGGUAUUUAAAUCACAUAACCUGGUAAACAGGUAAAUAUCGAGAAUGAAGACCAGGAAGUAAAUUGUAAUAUACAGGAUUAUCAGGGAGGCCAUGUUGGAUUUAGAGGGUCAUGUAACUAUUGAACCAAAACCCCAGUGAUGGACCCCCGUUUUAGUGCCCAAGACAUCCUCUUCUGUGAUCUGUGUCAAAGAGCAGCAUUACAGAGUCAUUGUGAACUUUGUCAGAUUAACCUGUGUAAGGCCUGUGUAGGGGAGCAUCUCUCUGAUUCAUCAAAAAGACACAAUGUUGUACCAUACAAACACAGAACUUCUACUCCUAACUACCCAAAAUGUCCAAACCACGCCCACAAACAUUGUGAACUUUACUGUGAGAAAUGUAACAUUCCUGUCUGUUCUACCUGCAUCUCCUCUGGGAAACAUAAAGGACAUGAUUUAUCAGAUGCUCUACAGAAACUAAGUUCAAAAACAAAUGAUUUACAAAAACAUUUAAAAGAACUAGAGGAAAAAAUUUAUCCUACAUAUGAAGAAAUUACAUUAGAUUUAAACUCUGAAAAAGUCAACUUGGAAAAACAUUAUGAGAAACUGACAACAGCUGUCACCAAACAAGGAGAAGACUGGCACAGAGAAAUUAACAUCAUUGUCAACAAACAGAAAUCUGAAAUUGAUGAGAUGAAAAUGAAACACCUGGCUGUUCUAAAUAAACAGGAAAAUGAAAUCAAACAGAUUACUUCUGAAGUAAAACAGAGCAUAAUUGAUCUGAAGAAAAUACUAGACUCUAAUGAAGUCUCCCAAACCUCUGCAUAUAAAUCCAGGAACGCUGAAUUCAGAAGAUUACCUCCUAAAGUCAAUUUUUCAUUACCAAUUUUCUCUCCACAUCAAAUCAACACAGAAAAGCUCCAUCAAAUGUUUGGUUCUCUUUCAGCAUUAUCCACGACCACAGAAGAACAUGGCUACACAAUGAAGACACCAGAUGCUGUAUCCUGUCCUCCAGUGAAACCACUGCUUGAUGAACCAGAGCUCAUCACCACCAUAGACACUGGGUAUGGACAAUGCAGUGUUACCUGUCUCAGUGAUGGAGAAAUCUGGACAUGUGGAGAUGACAAAAUUCUGAAACUGUACAACCUCCAGGGCAAACUACUGAAGUCAAUCCAAACCAAGUCAGGGAACAAACCAUAUGACAUAGCAGUGACAAGGAGUGGAGAUCUAGUUUAUACUGACCGUGAUCCAAGAACUGUAAACAUUGUGAAGAAUGACCAGAUACAGGAAGUGAUCAAACUACAGGGGUGGAUACCCUACAACAUCUGUAGUACCUCUGCUGGUGACCUCCUGGUUAUCAUGGACAGUGAUGAUGGAGGACAAUCAAAAGUUGCCCGUUACUCUGGCUCCACAGAGAAACAAACUAUUCAGUUUGAUAGUAAAGGCAAACCUCUGUAUUCAUCUAGUUACAAUAGUAAAUGCAUCAGUGAGAACAGGAACCUGGAUAUCUGUGUAGCUGACUAUAGAGCCAGUGCAGUAGUGGUGGUUAAUCAGGCAGGAAAACUGAGAUUUAGAUACACUGGUCAUCCAUCUACUACCAAGAGAUCAUUCUUUAAUUUCUUUAAUAAAAAGGAAUCGUUCUAUCCAUACGGCAUCACAACAGACAGCCAAAGUCAGAUCCUUGCAUCAGACUGGGACAAUAACUGUAUCCACAUCCUAGAUAAGGAUGGACAGUUCCUCUGUUACAUUGAUAACUGUGAUCUACAGUAUCCAUUUGGUUUAUGUGUGGACACCAGAGACAACCUCUUUGUAGCUGAGUUGAUCAGUGGUGAAGUGAAGAAAAUCAAAUACAUGUAA